UGAUUUGGAACACAGACCAGUAAUUCGGAUUGGAACUCAAACUCAAAAUAAAAAAUAUAAAGUCAAACUCAAAAGUGGUGGGAAAAUAUAGGUACUGGUUAUUAUUAUUAAUAAUAUAUUUCAAUUUUCAGUACAAUAAAAAAUAUUGAUUUUUACACAAGAUGGAUGGUUUGCAAUUAGUUUCGUCUAAUAAGAUAUUUGGAGGGUAUCAAAAGGUGUACUCUCAUGAAUCGUCAGAGUUACAAUGCAAAAUGAACUUCUCUAUUUAUUUACCGCCUCAGGCUGAAGGUGGUGAUGUAAGGCUGCCAGUUAUAUUCUACCUCUCCGGCCUUACUUGUAAUGAACAAAACUUUAUAACCAAAUCCGGUUUUCAAAGAUAUGCAGCUGAUCAUGGUGUCAUAGUAGUCGGACCUGACACCUCUCCUAGAGGAGUCAAGAUCCCUGGUGAUGAUGAAUCCUGGGACUUUGGUGUUGGUGCCGGAUUUUAUCUGGAUGCUGCUAAGGAUCCAUGGUCCAAGAAUUAUAGGAUGGGCAGCUAUGUGAACAGGGAACUAUAUGAACUUAUCCUGCAAAGUUUUAGUAAUGUUGUUGAUGCCAACAGGAUAGGAAUAAUGGGACACAGUAUGGGUGGUCAUGGAGCUUUAGUAUCAGUUCUAAGAAAUCCUGGACUAUAUAAAUCAGUGAGUGCAUUUGCACCUAUAUGCAAUCCAACAAAGUGUCCAUGGGGUGAGAAAGCCUUCACAGGUUACCUCGGAGAUGACAAGAGCCAGUGGGUUGAAUGGGAUGCCACUGAAUUGGUCAAGAAAUAUGACGGACCACCACUUACAUUGCUAAUUGACCAGGGUGCUGCAGACAAGUUCUACACAGAAAAACAGUUGCUACCUGAAAACCUGGUCGAAGCCUGCCGCUCUGUAGAAGUUCCGGUCAUUUUGAACUUGCGCGAAGGAUAUGACCAUUCCUAUUAUUAUAUUUCCACUUACAUUGGUGAACAUUUUGAUUUUCACGCUAAAAUACUCAAAGCAUAGAGUUAAGGAUAUUGCCACAUUGUGGGCUAAUUCUGUUGUACACAAUUUCUAUGGAUAUUUACUGAUAUAGUAUCUGAUAGGUUGAAAUAUAUUUCUUUUUUGGUUAAAUGAUGGAUUUUUUGGUUAAACUUUAUUAGUUGAAGGCUUAUGAUUGAUUCUCUUAUGGACUAACAGUAAUUAUAAUGAAAUCUUAUAAGCUAUUGUAUUAAUAUUUCUUAAUCCAACCUACAUAAUUUUGCAUCACCUUUCUUCUAAUUCGAUGCGUUUGCGACCUACAUAUUAAAAGGUCUAAAUGUAUUGCUAUCCCUUUCAGAAUGCUCCCUGCGGAAAACGAUAGCACUAGAUCAAUUUAGAGGUUAUGUA